CGACACGCUGGUUUAUAAAUGGAAACAGUUCAUAUUUUAUCUGAAUAAAUAUAUACAAGCCUUUUAUUCUUAAAGAGAGGACAUACCUCCUUCAAAGUAAUCGAACAUUUUACUCAAGAUCUCUGCUCAUCUCGAGUGACUAUUUUUCUUCGACCAACUCGAUAGGAAGACAUUUUACCGAGGUCGACAAUGGAGUCAAACAAAAGUUGUGAAACAACAAAACAAAUGAAAAACAAAACCCGAAUUGAUGCGGAGAAAGAAAUGUUUUCAAGAAAGGGUGAACGACUUCGAUACAGUCGAGAAGCAAACGUCAGUGUUGAAUUUGAAGAAGGAGAUGAAAAACGUUCACAACAGAUUCAGAAACAGGAUCAACUGCAGCGAUCAGCCGAAGCUAGCAAACAGAUGCUAUUUGCCGUCUUUGGUAACGUUUUAUCAAUCCUUGAAGAGCAUGAAAAGAGAACAAGCGUUCGGAGACUGCCAAAGUCGGAUAUUGAACUCCCUGACCAAUCAUGGAAGACUGAUGAAGACGUAAAGACGAACGUAGAAACUCAACUAUUGCUUUUUCAAACACAAAGUAAGGCUUGCCCGAAAGAGGUGCGAGAAGAGGUGAAUCUUGAAUUAAGAAAGAAAACACUAGAGUGGGCCGCCGUCAGGGCUGAGGAAGGCGUUCCUUUGGAGGAGGCGGACGAGUUUAUUUGUCAAUUGUACGAGAUUCUCGCAACGGGCAAAGCCGAACAUUCUAUUUUGGAACAUAAAACGUCAGAGGUUUCUGCUGAAACAAUUAAGGAUACUUUGCCAAAAUUAUUCAAAGGCAAAUACCAAGCGACCAUUUUAGAUGAAGCAUUCAAACACGAUCAAAAGAGAAAAGCUGAGUCACCAAAAAUAAGAACAAUAGAUGAUGGAGAAGCAUUUAAAAUCGGUGCAGAAAGAAUGGUGAAACAACGACACUCUCUAAAGCGAUUUCUUUUGGGUGACUUGGAGGAAUUUGUCAAAGAAGGCCCCUCUAAUUUGCGCUAGUGGUAUUUGAGUUAUCAGGUUUAAUGUUAUUUGCUGUCGAUACAAUCAUCGAAUUGGUACAAAACAAUGAAGGAAAACAGUUCUGCGUUUGAUUUUCUUAUUUUGUGUGAAAAGACUAAUGCUUAUAAUAAAGACAUUUAUAUCUUAGACAAAACUUAUAAAAAGAAUAAAUAAAUACAUAUGUUG